AUGUUAGGGGAGCGUCUAGUGUUAGGGGAGAGUCAAGUGAUAGGGGAGAGUCUAAUGUUAGGGGAGAGUCUAAUGUUAGGGGAGAGUCUAGUGAUAGGGGAGAGUCUAAUGUUAGGGGAGAGUCUAAUGUUAGGGGAGAGUCUAGUGAUAGGGGAGAGUCUAAUGUUAAGGGAGAGUCAAGUGAUAGGGGAGAGUCUAGUGAUAGGGGAGAGUAAUGUUAGGGGAGAGUCAAGUGAUAGGGGAGAGUCAAGUGAUAGGGGAGAGUCAAGUGAUAGGGGAGAGUCUAGUGUUACGGGAGAGUCAAGUGUUACAGGAGAGUCAAGUGAUAGGGGAGAGUCUAGUGAUAGGGGAGAGUCUAGUGAUAGGGGAGAGUCUAGUGAUAGGGGAGAGUCUAGUGUUAGGAGAGAGUCUAGUGUUAGGGGAGAGUCUAGUGCUAGGGGAGGGUCAAGUGCUAGGGGAGGGUCAAGUGAUAGGGGAGAGUCAAGUGAUAGGGGAGAGUCUAGUGUUAGGAGAGUCAAUUGA